AACAGGGGGGAGUAGCUGCUCCCGGCGCAGCUCCUGUUCAACUAGUCGCACCGCAGACAGCUUCACAAGGUUCGCAAUUGCAGCCGCCUGCGCCACCUGCGGGAGGCGCCACUGCAAAUAAUGCAGCCACCCCUUCGCCGGACCAGCCCUUCUUCACGCCACCGGAAAGCAGUGAACAGGACGAAAUCGAGAAGGAAGUGGAUAAUCUGCUCGGCGGAGGAAACAACGCUAAGGAACAAAAAGACGUCCAGCAAGCGACCACAAGAUCUCUCGUCUACCACCCCGUUGUGCCAAAACACUCCAGACUCGCGCUUGCUUUCCCCGUGGUUACCUCGAAAAAGAACGUGAGCAGGCACAUCCCUGUCCUUCCCCCACCGGACGACUUCGACACGCCUUUUUGGGAGCCGAGGGUCGUGAAGACGGUGGACCGCAUCCCGAUCGCGCCCUACAGUCUGGAAAACAUGAAGGGUAACCGGUCGGUGGAGAUCGAGUUUCUGCCCGCGCCGAACUCCACUCGGUAUGACAAAGUGGUGAUCGCUUCUGGAGAGGAUCGCCGGCUGCGGGAGCUGACAGUCCAGCCCAAAUCCUCCGCCGCCAUGAUCAGCUCCAAGGACGCGCUGCCCCACACCCCGCAGGUGCACAUGCACCUGUUCGGCAACCGGAUCAUCCGGUCGCUCAACAUUUCCCGCACCGGCGCGCACUGCUACCGGGUCUACGCACCCAGGAACGUCGCGAACUCGGCGAAGCGAUCCGUGGUGGCGCUCAGGGAACAGCGGAUGGGGAUCCAGCAGCAGCAGGGAGGUGAUAUGAACCAGCAAAUGCAUCAGACGCAUCAUGAUUUCUUCGACUAUGACGAGCAGCUGCAAUUGAGCAACCUAUCCACAAAAAAAGACCUAUCCCCAUCCGAUUUGUCAUGCGCAACAUGUAGGGAGUUCCUUUUUGUCAUGCAAAAAAUAUUAAAUGGAUGGAGUAGAUGGUAAAUUUUCACAGAAUACAACCCGAACGAUUACUACGAGCUCGUGUGUCGAGGCGUGUCGGCCGAGGUCCGGAAGCUGUGCGUGUUGCAAUCCUCGGUUUUGGUCCGCAACGGAUUUGCAACCGUCCCACUGUUAUGCGAGAUCACGAACAACAACUCCAUCCACCAAAUUUUCCAGAACCCGAGGAGUCCGCAAAUCCCCCGGGACUACGUGGUGAUUCAGCCAGAGGAGGAAAUAUCCUUACCCCUGGACGCGUGCAGAGAAGGCACCGUGCGGUUCGCGCCGUUACUGGAAAAGUCGGGGCUGGUCGAACGGCUGGGCGAUUUGAUCACGCGAAGUUUGGAGGCAAAUAUCGUGAAGCCGCCUAGCUCGAUGGACGAUUUUUUGCGGGACUCGAAGGAGUCCGCAGUUGCGGGGGGCGAAGAGGGUCAAGGAGGUUCUUCUGGUUCCCCUAGCGCACGGAGACGGGUGUCCGGCUCCUCGACGAACUCUGCCGGUGAAGAACAAGAAGAUGAUGAGUACAACUAUCGAUAUCACUAUCAGCGCACGAAUUUAUCAUCCUCCUCUCACUCUGAGAGACUAGUGCAGGACGCGCUUUUCCAGCUGGAUCCUAGACUCCUCGACGAGG